UCUAAAAAUAAAAAACCUGUAGCUGGGAAUCCGACAAUUCUGAGCCAUGUUUGAGCCAGAAGAACCAGAGAGCUUCAAUGAGAACAAGAUGUGGUAUGCACAAUUGGUAGGCCCUUGCCUCACUGACCAUGGUGAUCAAAAGUGGCGAGCAGCCAUCUCAACACCCAGUGGCAUUGUGAUCUGCCCUCCAUGGAAUGCCAGUCAUGUGCUGCGCAUCGAUCCACGGGAGCCUCAGCAAAUCGAUGUGCAGAUUGUAGGUGCCGACUUGGGUCUUGGUGCUGGAAAGUGGAGGUCCGGCGUCUUCGGUGCUGAUGGGCACGUCUACUGCCCUCCUUGGUUUGCCUCGCAUGUUUUGCGAAUCGACCCAAAUGUCGGAACUUCCGAGCUCAUCGGUCCUGAAUUCACCAUGCCAGAUCCACUGGAACUUGCCAAGGAGCUGGGCGACAGCAUUGGGCUGGGAGAUGGAGAACCAGAUGACGAGCAUUGGGGGAAGUGGAUGGAUGGGGUACUCAGCCCCAAUGGAUGCCUGUACUGUCAACCAUGGUGUGCCAAUCGCAUUCUGCGAAUAAACACUCAUACUGGAGAAGUAGACCUCAUCGGUCCAGAUCUGGGUUGGACUCCAGACAAGUACAGAGCAGCCGUGGUUGCUACCGACGGGGCGAUCUAUUGUCCACCACAUUCAGCUGCUCGCGUCUUAAGAAUAGACCUCACGAGCGGAGAAGUCACUUUCAUCGGCCCAGACUACGGCACAAAACGUGGCAAGUGGUGGACUGGGGCAAUGAGUUUGGUUAAUACCAUCCUCUGCCCACCACAUUCUGCUGGACAGGUGCUUCAAAUUGAUACUUUUCAGAGAACUUGCGCUCUGGUGGGGCGAGACUUUGGUGAUGAUGAGGCAAAAUAUCGCGCCAUUGUUCAAAGUAACGAUGGAUGUUUCUAUGGUCCACCUUGCAACGCGCCCCAGGUCAUUUGCAUUGAUCCAAUCACGCCAGAUGCUGAUUUCAUAGGUCCUGAUUUUUGUGCUGGUGGGUUCAAAUGGGUCACAGCAGGGCUGGGUGAAGACGGAUGCGUCUACAGUCCGCCGUGGCUGGCCCACAAGGCACUUCGUAUUGAUGUGCCAAACCGUUGGGCAAGGCAAAUUGGCAAAAACCAUGGCUGGGGUGGCGGCAAGUGGGACAUCAUGUGCGCGCACGAGGAUGGAUUCUUUUAUUGUCCUCCCCUUUGUGCAACGGACACAUUGAGCCUUGACACUGCAAUUGGUACAACGGAGUUGCUUGCACCUGAAUUGGGCAAAGUGGCCAAAAAGUGGCGCUGUGCAGCAAGAUCCUGCGGGGGUGACCUCUUCUGCCCGCCCUAUGGGCAUGAGAAGGUUCUCCGACUGACAUUCAAAAGCUUGCAACUUGAUAGCCGCAGUGGAUCGAAAAGCGCUUCCAAAGAUGAAGCGUCGAAAUCCAAAGAUCAGCCAUCAAAGGAUCCUUCUGAGCUCAUUGAUGAAUAAUGAUG